GUAUUACAAUAGGGCCUUGGUAGCGUAUAAUAGCCUACCUAAUACCGAAUUAAAUAUUGUCCCAAAUGAACUCGAGUCUACCUCUGUUUUAUCCUGAGCUUCAAUAUUCUGUGGAUUAUUUUUAAGAAUAGGUGCAAUCUUGGGGCAACGCGCGCCAAUGUAGAUAAAAUCAAUGUCGUGCUGCGCUUCAUUGCCUCACGUUUGCUCCACCUCGUCAUGGAGCGCAAAUUGCACUCUCCAAGCUUGAGCGCGUGAAUGGGAAAUCGCUACCCAAUGCCUAAAUUAUGUAGGACAGGACGAGCAGGAUGCUUACCUUAAUUUGAGAAAAUCGGCACGGUUUAUGUAAAGAUUCACCUUGAUAUAGCCCGGCAACACUAGACAGAAGAAGACAACAGGAGCGUAUCAAGUCUACAGAGAACGCGAGGCAAGGAAAAUAUGGACAUAACGGACCAAGGAGCACAAAUGGAGCCGCUACUACCCUUGGAACCAAGCCCUCAGAGCCCUCAGAUACCUCAAGGAGACAAGAAUGUGAGGACUGAUGAGGAGGCGGUGCUGGACAGAGGGGGCACUCGCUCCAUGCUCAACACCAACUUUGAGAAGGAGGAGCUGGAAGGCCACCGGACCCUGUACAUUGGGGUCCACGUUCCCCUGGGGAGGAAGUCCCACCGACGUCGCCGUCACCAUGGCGGCCACAGCAAAAACAGCAGGAAGAGAUCCAAAGAGAGGGAAUCUGGGGUGGACAGCGAUGGCAGAGAAUCACCCUCCCACACAGACACCCCUGCCCAGAGGGUGCAGUUCCUGCUGGGGAUGGAGGAUGGCGACGAGGAGCACAUCCCUCACGCCCUCUUCACGGAGCUGGACGAGAUCUGCUUGAGAGAGGGCGAGGACGCCGAGUGGAAGGAGACCGCCAGGUGGCUGAAGUUUGAGGAGGACGUGGAGGACGGAGGCGAGCGUUGGAGUAAGCCCUACGUGGCCACCCUGUCUCUACACAGCCUGUUUGAGCUGAGGAGCUGCAUCCUCAACGGCACUGUGCUGCUGGACAUGAGGGCCAACUCACUGGAGGAGAUCGCCGAUAUGGUCCUGGACCAGCAUGAGGUGUCGGGCGCGGUGGGGGAGGAUGUGAGGAGGAGGAUCCGUGAGGCGCUCCUGAAGCAGCACCACCACCAGAACCAGAAGAAGCUGGCCAACCGCAUCCCCAUCGUACGCUCCUUCGCAGACAUCGGCAAGAAGCAUUCCGAGCCCCACUCCAUGGACAAGAAUGGUCAGACAGUCUCUCCCCAGUCCCAGCCAGCCACCACAGAGGGCAAGGAACAUGUCAGCCGGGAGAACAGCCAUGUGGACUUCAGCAAAAUUGACCUCCACUUCAUGAAGAAGAUUCCACCCGGUGCAGAGGCAUCCAACGUCCUGGUGGGGGAGCUAGAGUUCCUGGAGCAGCCCGUGGUGGCCUUUGUCCGUCUGUGUCCCGCCGUGCUGCUCAGCGGCCUAGCUGAGGUCCCCAUCACCACCAGGUUCCUGUUCAUUCUGCUGGGGCCUCUGGGAAAAGGACCACAGUACCAUGAGAUUGGCCGAUCCAUCGCAACUCUGAUGACAGACGAGGUGUUCCAUGACGUGGCGUAUAAAGCCAAGGACAGGAACGACCUGGUGGCCGGCAUCGAUGAGUUCCUGGACCAGGUAACUGUGUUGCCACCUGGGGAGUGGGACCCCUCCAUCAGGAUAGAGCCGCCCAAAAACGUGCCCUCUCAGGAAAAGCGCAAGGUCCCUCCUCUACUCAACGGGGAUCUGGGAGAAGCAGAGGAACCUGGUGGCCAUGGAGGCCCAGAGCUACAACGCACAGGAAGGUUCUUUGGAGGGUUCUUCAUGGACAUCAAGCGCAAGGCGCCCCACUACCUGUCUGACUACACGGACGCUGUGAGCCUGCAGUGUCUGGCCUCUUUCCUCUUCCUCUACUGUGCCUGCAUGUCUCCUGUCAUCACCUUCGGAGGACUACUGGGGGAAGCCACAGAGGGACGCAUAAGUGCAAUUGAGUCCCUGUUUGGAGCCUCCAUGACGGGGAUAGCCUACUCCUUGUUCGCUGGGCAGCCUCUCACCAUCCUAGGCAGCACAGGGCCUGUUCUAGUGUUUGAGAAGAUUCUCUUCAAAUUCUGCAAGGACUAUGACCUGUCCUACCUCUCCCUGAGGGCCUGUAUCGGCCUGUGGACGGCGUUCCUCUGCCUGCUCCUAGUGGCUACAGAUGCUAGCUCCCUGGUCUGUUACAUCACCCGCUUCACAGAGGAGGCCUUCGCCUCGCUCAUCUGCAUCAUCUUCAUCUACGAAGCCCUGGAGAAACUCAUCCACCUGGGAGAACACUACCCCAUCAACAUGAACAACAACCUGCAGAAACUCACCCAGUACUCGUGUGCGUGUGUGGAGCCAAAGGAUCCCAGCAACUCCACUCUGAGGUACUGGGAGGACAGGAACAUCACUGCAUCAGAGGUCAACUGGACCAGCCUGGAGGUCAAGGAGUGCUUUGUGUUCCGGGGGGAGUUUGACGGCAGCGCCUGUGGCCCCCACGGCCCCUACAUCCCUGACGUUCUCUUCUGGUCCGUGGUCCUCUUCUUCUCUACUGUCUUCAUGUCUGCUUUCCUCAAGGAGUUCAAGACCAGCCGCUAUUUCCCCACCAAGGUGAGGGCCCAGAUCAGUGACUUUGCUGUCUUCAUCACCAUCCUCACCAUGGUCCUAGUGGACUACGCCCUGGGAAUCCCCUCACCCAAACUGCAGGUCCCCAACAAGUUCAAGCCAACCAGAGACGACCGUGGUUGGAUAGUGAACCCAAUAGGGCGCAACCCGUGGUGGACCACUAUAAUCGCGGUCCUCCCUGCCCUGCUCUGCACCAUCCUCAUCUUCAUGGACCAACAGAUCACUGCUGUUAUCAUCAACAGGAAGGAACACAAACUGAAGAAGGGCUGUGGCUACCACCUGGACCUGUUUGUGGUGGGGGUGAUGCUGGGGGUGUGUUCUGUGAUGGGCCUGCCCUGGUUUGUGGCAGCCACCGUCCUCUCCAUCUCCCACGUCAACAGCCUGAAGCUGGAGUCAGAGUGCUCAGCCCCCGGGGAACAGCCCAAGUUCCUGGGGAUCAGAGAGCAGCGCUUCACCGGCCUCAUGAUCUUCCUACUCAUGGGCUGCUCCGUCUUCAUGACCUCUGUCCUCAAGUUUAUCCCCAUGCCUGUACUGUAUGGAGUGUUCUUGUACAUGGGAGCAUCCUCACUGAGAGGUAUCCAGUUCUUUGACCGUCUCAAGCUGUUUGGCAUGCCGGCCAAGCACCAGCCAGACUUCAUCUACCUGAGACACGUUCCGCUGAGGAAGGUCCACCUCUUCACCAUCAUCCAGCUCAGCUGCCUGGUCAUGCUCUGGGUCAUCAAGACCUCAAAUUAUGCCAUCGUCUUCCCCAUGAUGGUGUUGGCUCUGGUGUUCAUCCGUAAGCUGCUGGACUUCAUGUUCACCAAGAAGGAGCUGAGCUGGCUGGACGACCUGAUGCCUGAAUGGAAGAAGAAGAAACUGGAGGAAGGAGAAGAGGAGGAGCCCAGUAUUAUAGAGGAGGAGGAGGAGGGGGUAGUUACGUUGCCACUGGAAGGAAAUUACAAGAACGAUCCCGCUACGGUGAACAUUUCCGAUGAGAUGUCCAAAGGCUCCUUCGGGAACGUGUGGAAUAGUAUCAGCCCCAGUGACAACUCCAAGAAGGAUCCAAGCUCCAAAAGCUCCCCUUCCUAACCUCUCAGAAGCUGAUAUCCCAAAGUGGUGGUGAGAGAAGACAUAAGAGGAAGGAUUCAAAGUUGGACAGAGAGACGAGUUUGUGAUCCGUACCGGAAAAGAACUCAACUAUCGUGCCACACUCGACCACCUCUGAACUGUGCUGCACCAUGCGUUCUCGUCAUGUAAGACUGUGUGUGUGUGUGCAACUCGCGUAAAUCGUUUAGAAACAGUGUUACCCUAUUGAGGAACCAAGAAACAUAAACUGUGAUUAUUUUCUAUGUAUGUCAAUGUAUGGUGAUACCAGCAACAGAGGAAGCAAUGAAUUAAUAGUAUUAUGUCUAUCUACCCGUGGGCCAAUUUAUUACAGAUGUAGGAUCUUAAUUUGAGCCAGUUUGCUACAGCAGGAAAAUAAUCCUGAAGUAACAUGAAAUGUGUGGA